AACCCAAACCAUCAGCAUUGUAUCAUGCAUGAAUUUUUUUAGCUGUUAUGCACAGAUUAUGUGUAGAAAAAAAUAAGGAAAUGCGAGCAUAGUGGGAGAAAAUCAUGCAAGAUGUGCGCCAAUUGCCCAAGGAGUGUUUAUUUAUUGCCCCAUAACUUGCGCUCCUUUUUUGGCCGUUGAAGGUUUGGCCGCAUCCUGCCCAGCGCUGACGUCAUGAUCCUACUGAGCUUGUUUCCAGCUUUCUGUGCACGUAAAGACUUUUAAGUGCAUGUUCCACUGACAGCAAGUCAGCUCAAAGCCAAGUUUUUACGCAUGAUCUUCGAAGCCGGCUAGAACCCGUAGACCAAUACGAACGAAUCUUUGCCGAUUCAUACAAAACAUAAUACUUAAACUCUUCGUUGUGUUCAUCUUAUUUAGCAUUGCAGUAAAGCUACAUAAUUAUUAAAAAAACAAGUAAAGUGUACAUGAGCUAUUUGAGCGGACAGCUCAGGAAACUUACUCCACUUUUCAUCCACCCUGGGGGGUCAUGGGAGAUAUAGUGUAACUUACACUUGGUAGUUUAGCUGCAUGUCUGGGAGGACAUGCACAUCUUGUGAUGUACAUCGCUGUCAGCAUAGCCUCAAUGGAACAGCACGUGACCAUCAAGAAAUCUCUGCUGCAGCAGCCCAUCGCCAGGCUGCGAUGUCUGGUGAAACAGCUGGAGCGUGGAGAGCUGCCCGUCCUGGACCUCCGGAAGAACCUGGAGUAUGCCGCCUCAGUGCUGGAGGCUGUGUACAUCGACGAGACCAGGCGCCUGCUGGACACGGAGGACGAGCUGAGCGACCUGCGCUCGGACACAGUGCCUUCAGAGGUGCGCGACUGGCUGGCCUCCACCUUCACGCGCCAGAUGGGCCUCAUGCUGAAGCGCUCCGAGGAGAAGCCACGCUUCCGCAGCAUCGUGCACGCGGUGCAGGCCGGCAUCUUCGUUGAGAGAAUGUACAGACGAACAUCCAGCAUGGUGGGACUCAGCUAUCCUCCAGCAGUCAUCUCUGUCCUGAAGGAAGUCGACAAGUGGUCCUUUGAUGUAUUUGCACUGCACGAGGCCAGUGGUGAGCACGCCCUCAAGUUCAUUGUGUACGAGCUCUUCACCAGAUAUGACCUAAUAGCACGAUUUAAGAUCCCUGUGUCGUCUGUGGUGUCAUUUGUGGAAGCUCUGGAGGCUGGAUACAGCAAGCACAAGAACCCCUACCACAAUUCGGUCCACGCAGCUGACGUCACCCAGACUGUGCACUACCUGAUGCUCAAAACGGGCACAAUACAUUGGUUAAAUGAGCUGGAGAUCUUGUCUAUGAUCUUUGCCGCUGCAAUCCAUGACUACGAGCACACGGGCACCACGAACAACUUCCACAUCCAGACACGGUCAGACUCAGCGAUCCUUUACAACGACCGCUCAGUCCUGGAGAACCACCACGUGAGCGCUGCCUACCGCCUCAUGCAGGAAGACGAGGAGAUGAACAUCCUUAUCAACCUGUCCAAGGAUGACUGGAGGGAGUUGCGUGCCUUGGUGGUGGAGACGGUCCUUGCUACAGACAUGUCCUGCCACUUUCACCAACUCAAGUCCAUCAAGAACCUUCUGCAACAACCUGAGGGUGUGGAAAAACCCAAGGCGAUGUCCCUGAUGCUGCACACCGCAGACAUCAGCCACCCAGCGAAGAACUGGAACCUGCACCGACGCUGGACCAUGUCGCUGAUGGAAGAGUUCUUCAGGCAGGGGGACAAGGAGGCAGAGCUUGGGUUGUCCUUCUCACCACUCUGUGACAGAAAUGCUACCAUGGUUCCUCAGUCGCAGAUUGGUUUUAUCGACUACAUCGUGGAGCCCACGUUCACGGUGCUGACGGACCUCUCCGAGUUCGUCGUGGCUCCUCUCAUCGAUGAGGCGGCACGGGCCGGCACGACCAGCUUCCGACGCAGCAGCCUGAACAGCAUCGCGCUCUCGGACGGGCGAAGGUCGAGUGCUCGCAGCAUCGCCUCGGAGGGGAAACACCCCCCGCCCCGCACCGCCAUGCUCGCAGUCGACCCCAAAACGUUCCGAGUGUCCUGGACCGACAUCAUUACACAGAACAAGGAGAAGUGGAAGGACCAGGCAUCCAAAGAUGCUGAGGAGAAAGCUCGGAGAGACGAAGAAGUCAGAAAGCAAGAGGAGGAGCUUGAGAGGAAAGCUCUGGAGGAGAAGGAGGAGCAGGAGAAACAGCAGGAAACGGGCAGUGAUAAAGGAGCGGAUGUGAAAGUGGACGGUGGAGAGACUCGUCCAGAAAAUGGGAUUCAGGAAGAUGGGGACAUCUCCAACAUGGACAGCAGUGCACAGGUGCAAAUUGGCAACAAGCGCCAAUCCUCCACUGCCCAAGAUGGUGAAGCAGGGGGUGAAGACCAGAAGAGUGUGAUUCCUCAUGAGCAACAGCAGCAGCAACAGCAGCCAUAAGAUGCAGUCCCACCAAGCACAAGAAUACUAAGUCUCAUCAGCUGCUUUUGCUAUGCAGUAUGCUUGGGGUUAUGAAGUUGGUUUUCACAACCAAUCUCAGCGCCACAAAAAAGGAAAAUAAUUUCAAUUUGAAAAACAAUGCCUAACAAUGCUUUAAAAUUGUAAACGUUGAAUAGAAAAAUCUUUAUUCAGAUUCUAUUUAUUUUUUUGAAUUGUACUAGCUCAUUAACAAAGGUAACAGAUUGUUUUAAGCUACUGUACUGUUCGGCUUUUGGUUGUCAAGGAUAUGAAUGCAAUAUAAUACUAAGAAAAACACACGACACAUAUCCCAGCAGUAUGUUCCACGAGUUUGAGUCACAGUGCUCGUGUCCAAAGUACAGAGUACCUGGAUGCUCUCAGGUAAAAUGGUCCGGCAGUUGCACUAAAUGUGCAGCAAAAGGACACAGGGCGGAAUGCUGUGUGAUGUCUACGUUUCCUGCUUCUCGUCCCGUUAUCUCGUCUUCGUCUCUCGCCAUCGCCUACUGGAAUGCUUUUAGGAUCACGAAUUUGAGAUGCUGGUGAUGUUGUGUGACACCAGUGCAGUUACUGACAUAUGUUCUCUCUUAUCCAGUGUCAUGUGAAUUAUAAUCCAGACAUCCAUUGCAGCACAAAGUAAAGCAUUCAUAUGUUUUACUGCCAAUGUCAGAGAAAAAAAAACUUCAACCAUAAUCCCUGUGUGAAAUUUCCCAGUACGCAGGAGUCAAUGCCACGUUCCUCGAUAUGAAUCAUUCGGAACUGAUGCGUUCAUGUAACAUCGUAGCGAAUGGCCAACAAUUUCAGCUGAAAGCCAAUGGAUGCAACAGACGUAAGAACCAAUUACUUUGUGCUGUGUUUGGUCUUUGGAAAGUGUCCAAACUUACGUGUACAAGAAAUUACAAGCUUUAAAAGUGUGCUGUUUAAAUUGUCGCUCAAGUCUUUGAAAGGUAUGUACUCGCUUUUGUCUUUGUGCACCAUGGUAAUGGGGAUGUGUCCCCUUAGACUGUAUAUGUGUAUAAAGCUGAUUAUAUAACUUAAAUUACCAGCAGAAUUGUGUAAUAUACACAAGGUUUGCAAGUAGCUAACAAAGCUUAACAAGUUUGUUUAAUACACAUUGGCCAGCAUUAUAUAAACUGACAAAUAUUUACUGUGUUUGUAUCUUGUAUUUACUUGUCUGUUCAUCUCUGCCUUUUAAGUCUUUUAUUUAUUCCUUUUUUUAAAUUAUGACACGUGCUUCUGUAUCAGCCAGCAAUUUAUCUUCCAUGUAAAUAAAAAAAACAACCGUUUUGUUUUUGUUGCAGUUUA